CAGAGGGGGAAGACGAAGAGAGAGGGAGAGGGGGCCUCCUGGCAUCUCUGAGACAGGCCCAGAGAGGGGGGAGAGGGGCUCCAGGAGCAACACAACGUAGAGAGAGACAGAGAGAGAGCAGUAGGUGGAGAAGGAGCAUCGGCAGAGGAAAGAGGUAGGGCGAUAAAAUCAGAAGCAGGGUUUGGCAGGAGUGGAGGGAGAGGGUGGGACCUUAGCUGAGGAGGGAAAAUAACACUGAAGAAAAAAAAAGUUUUGAAAACUGAGGGAAAGAAUAGAAUAGACAGAGCAUGUGUUAAUGUUGGAAGCCAGAGGAGAUCCAUGGAAGAAAGUCAUCAUCCGUCAGCAUGUUCUCUGACAGUCGGGCCACUUCAACGCCCAGGGAGCAGAAAGGCUUCAAGACGCAUGGCCCCCACUUCAUCCCAUGGCUGCGCAACAGUCUGAAGGCUCACCAUGGCAGCGCAGACCUGGGGCUCAAUGGGGCAUACAAAUCCAGCUCAGAGGCCCGCAACAGCCUGACCCCACUGGAGAGAGCCAAGGGGAUUGGUUUGUUCUCCAUCCAGGGAAAGGACCGGGCAAAGAAGGGGGAGCUCCGAUGUAAUGGCAUGGGUAAGCUGCCAGUGGUGCUGAGGGGGAACCACAUCCUGCCAGGCAGUGUGGGGAAGCAGAAGGAUGAGAGUCCUGCCAAGUGGAACAAGACUAAAGAACUGGACGUGGACCCUAUCACCAACACUCAGCUCAGCCCAAAGGAAGGACUGACUGACAAUUCCUGCUCUGCACCAGAGAGCCAAAAUGUUGGCCACACAAUUCUCCGUCAGACGCAGAAUGACACAAGCAGCCCCUUAGUGAGGAAAUACGGGCCUUUGGUGGGGCCCCAUCCUACGCCUAUACCUGUGCUGCUGGCAGAGAAGCCCAGCUGUAAUGUGCCUGUUGUGGUGUGCAUGGAAGACAGGGAGAGGAAGAUGUGGGACUACACUAGUCACACCACCUACCACCAGAGAGACCUCCAUUCAUCCAGCUGGCUGGGCUCAGACACUCAGGAGCUCAUGGAGAGACAGCAUGGGUUCACCUCCAGCUUCAGCUAUAUCAACAAACACAGCAGGAGCUCACAGAGCCAGAGAGACCUCACAGCCCUGAGGGAGCCCCUGAAUGGCCUCAUCUUUUCCACAGAGACCCCUCCUGAACGCCUGGGCUGCUUCUCAACUCUAAGAGGCCAGAGGAAACCCAGGCUGAACUCAGAACAGAUUGCAAUCCUGGGUCAGAACCAGACAUGGGUACAGCACAAACCAAACAGAGACCAGGAGCCACCGAGGAAGGGAGCAGGCUGCAGCAGAAAGGUGGUCCGAAACCAGAUCAAACGAGUGGUGGACAACCUGGAGCAGGUUCUUACAUCACUGAGGGACAUUCAGCAGGAAAUCAAAGAGGUUGUGCAGCAGAUUGACUAUCUAACCUCUUCCAUUGAUCUGGAUGAUGAGGAGCAGCAGAUAGCAGGAGAAGAAGCUAAGCCUCCCAGCGACAGCAGCUACAGUUCAGCUUCUAGCUCCAGUGAGGUGACAGUACGCAGCGCCCAGCAGAGGCCUCCAAGAGCUGAAAACCGGUCGGUGGACUCCAAUGGUUCCCCCAGUGGAGAGAAUCACAGCAGAAGUCUGCCUUCACAGAAUGGCCAGCUGCACUCCAUUACCACAGGCUCGCUGUCUGAAAGGAGUCGGACUGUUAGACUAAGUUGUGGUACCAUGCUCUCCCCAAGAAAAAGCGUAUCUCGAGCACACACAAACUGUCCUCCCUGUUCUAAUCCACCCCCUCCUAAAAACCCGACCACCCAGGAUCAAAUUCAGUCUCCUAAAGGAAACAUCCCUGCGCGACCUCCCACUCCUGGGCUUUCUCCUCUAACAGUGAACCUCCAUCACCCCAGCAGCCCUGGAUCACAGCCUUCCUCCCCUCUGUCUCCAAAGCUUUAUCCACCUCCCGCCCUUAGCCCGUCUGUCAUCAUAGAGACCAAAGUCGGGUCAUAUCAGACCCCACAAGGCGAUCUGCCAUCUGCUGGACCGUUCUCAUCAUCACUAACCCACCCUCUGUCUGCCAGCUGCCCACCCACAAACUCUGAGACCAAACGUUUGUCCCAGCGCGACAAAGAGCGGCGAGCAUCCUCAGCGGGACCCUCACAUGCCUACGCUACCAACGCAGGUACAGCUAAACCCCCCACAGGACAGGGCAGAAGGGGCCGCAAGCCCCCACCUUACCCCCAUCACAGACUCUCCGAGCCCCCGAAUAAAGUAAGAGAGGCCAGGAAAGCUCCUCCGUACCCAGAGAAAAAAAGGCUGCUCUCUACCACGGUGUGAGACAAUGCAGCAGAAGGGGGGCAGCCAAUCGAACGGAGGCACAUAAACAGCACCAGCCAAAUGUCUGCCAGAGUGGGGAGUGAUUUAAGGCGGUGUAAGGCUCGCCAACUUCAGCUGAGAUCAAGUUUCCAGGGUGACAGGAUGCAAAGGUAACCCAGGUUAGGUCGAGAUCCGGGUGUGAUCUUUUUUCCUAUUCUGACCCUCCCCUGAGAGAGACGGAGAGCUUGGACGGCGACAAAGGGACUCGGCUGAACUCCAGGGAGACACGAGAUGAAAGACGCAGAAGGGCACAGAGCCAGAGCGGGAGGAGGAGGCAUGUUCUCUCCCUCUCCAUUUCUAAUGACACCAGUGUUAGGACUGUCCUUGCUGGGGGAAAGGAGGCGUGUCAAGGUGUGCCUCGCAUCGCCUCGCCUCAUGGACCACGACCGCAUCAGCUGCGGCCGAAAGUGACUGACCUCAGAGUCCAGACAUUAACCUUCCACAUAAAGCAGUCUGUGCAAAGACAACUUCAAGUUUGACUCCAAAAACUAAAAAAAGAAAAAUUUUCUGUGUGGCUCGCACUGAAGUGUAAACAGGAGCUGAAGCCGUUGUAAUAAAAGCAGAAGGGUCGAGCUCAACCAGCUUUAACAGAGACACUUAUACAUCCUGAAAACAUUUACUUACGCCUUUUUAAUGAUGUAAAAAUGUCGUUUUAAGUUUCUAAAUCGCUUUUUAAUAAACAAAGAUAUUUACCAAACUUAGAUGAGGAACUGAAAUUAAUUUCUUUUCAUUUUUUCUUCAGAGCUACUUGACAGAUCUAUCUUUAAGUUGGAUGACUUCUGGUAAACAUAUCAGUUCCUAAAAUUAAAUUCUGAUCUCAGAAGCUCUAGAGGGACAUUAAAAUGCUUUUCUUGGUUUGUUAAGGGGCAUUUAUCUGCAGUUUCUCUUGCAGUUUGUAAAUCAAAACUCAAAUAAAUAAUGGAGUGGAACACAAAAUCAAGUUAUGAUGUCAUUUAAAUGCUGUCUGAAUUAAAAAUAAAGCACUUAAUUUUAUAGACAUCUAGAUUUUCACAUUUAGAUACAAGAAAAAGGAAUAAAAUCAAACAUUUUAUGACAAUAGUUUUCUCACACUAAUCCAGAGCUGGAACAUGAUAAAAGCAUGCUUUAUAAAUUUCCAGACGAUGAGCUUGAUGAGUGUUUAGACUGCCUUUAUGACUCAGACUCACAAUAAAUCCCUUAACUAAUGCUAUAUGUUUAAUCAUUUUCAUGCUGAUCCAGGAGAGGCAUGGCUCGGUUGACAA